GCAAAGCGAUACUCAUUAUCUAGGCUUAAUAUUUUUAAAGAUGGAAUUGAAAGAACUAGAGAACCCUGAAAAACUGAGGGAAUUUCUCCAGAAUGGCACAUUGUCUCUGAGAGACCUCGACAAGAAGAAAAGGGGAUCCUCGGGAGGCAGAAGAAGACGCAGCAAAAGUAAGAAGGGGGGAAAUGUAACAACAGACGAUACGACGAAAACACAGGCUGUCGAUAAACACCAAAACCUCCCGAUGGCUCCCAAGAUUAACAGACCGUCAAAACCAGAGAGCAGUUCGAAAAAUGCCGAAAAAGGUCUGAAGUGGAAAACUCAUGAAAAAGAGUCGAUAAUGGUAGUGCGCAGCAUCCUAGAUGAACUAUUAUAUCAAGUUUCUAAAGAUUGUUCUGCUGUUGAUUAUAGCGAUGCUAAAGAGAUAAGUGCACCGAUCCCCGCUCUGCUGGGAGCUUGUGACGAGAGAAUCGUAGCAAUAAGGAAUUUUUACACAGAGCAGAGAAGAACAACACUGGAGUUAUUAUACGAAGCAGCACAGGAAAAUGUAGAGGAUCUGAUCAAACGUGCAACUACACGUCAUUAUGAUUUCCCCAGUUUAUUUAGCUCAAAUGAGGGCCAGUUGGUAAUAACUACCCCGCUCCGAUUUGCCAAUGAUGGCGCUCAACAGAGGGUCUACCAUCAAUUGCUGCACACCGAGAAAAUGAAAAUAAAAACGAUUAAGAACAUGGGGGCAUUAGAAAUUGAACAGUACUUCGGCACCUUUUCGGCCACGCGUGCAAAGAUUGCCGAAACAAGAAUCAUGGCAGUAAAGGAGUUUUACGAAAACGAGCAGAAAAUGACUCUAAAAUUAUUGUACAAAGCAGCACAGCAAACUGUGAAUGACCUUAUAAUCCAAGCUACUCCUAACUUUGAUUUUGCUGGAUCAGUUAAAAUAGAGGUGGAUAUUCCUGCCUUAGUAAGAUCUGAGGAAUAUACCACAAGAUUGAAAGCAGUCAUAGAAAAGACAAACGCUGAGAAGUUGGCAAUACAAAAGGUUUUGUACAACACGGCCUCUGGGGUUGUUGAAGACUUGUUCGACUCUGGUGCAAAUAAUGCAAGCUUAAAAACUUUGUCUGAAACAGAUGUGAGCAACGAAUUGGUACGUAUUUAA